AUGAAUGAAAAUACCAGUGUAAAGAAUAAGAAACAAAUGAGAAAAUCUCAGUACAACCAAAAUUAUACUAAAAAAUUAAAAGCCACCGAAAAAUACGAUGAUUACAAAAGGAGAAAAACAGAUUAUAUGAGGAAAUAUCGAGAAAAUAAAAAAAAUAUUGAGAAAAAAAUGUUAUUUGCAGAUCUAAAAAAGGUUGUCAAAGAUCGACGUGAAGCAGUACACGAAAGAGUUAAGAAAUACAGAGAGCGAAAGAGUCAAGAAAUUAGCAAAAGCAGUAAAUUAGGUUUCGUUGGAUAUAAUUGCAUACAAACGCUUGGAAAAGCAGUAAAAAAAGCAAAACUUGCGAUUCCUGCAUCUCCGACAAAGAAGAGAGCAGUUCUUGCAAAUAUAGUUUCCAAAAUGGAUGAUAAGGAAAAACAAGAAUUUAUUAAUGUUAUCAAAUCAACCCCUGUAAAAAGAAAAUGUAUACCAAAUUGGAUCCUUAUAAAAGCAAUUUACACAUUUCUUGAAAGAGAUGAUAUCUCACGAGUUUCGCCCAAAAUUCGAGACGUGAGAGAAUAUGUAUGCCCAGAAACUGGACAAACCAAAUUAUUGUCGACAAGACAUAUGCUACUCACAAUAAAGGAAGCCUUUGCACUAUUUGACGAAGAACAAAAGAGUAAAGGAGAAAGUUCAUGUGGUAUUAAUUAUUUCUACCAGCAUCGACCAGCGCAUAUUAAAAUGAUAAGAGAUUUACCUCAUAACGUGUGCAUGUGCUCAUACCAUUCAAAUUUUAUUGAAGCGGUCUCUUCUUUACACAAAGCAGUUGAUAGUUUACCGAAUUACGAUAAUGGUUUUGUAAAACUUUUCAUAUGCAAAGAAUCUAAAAUGGAUUGUUGGUUUGGAAGGUGUGACAAGUGCCCUGGUAUUUCUAUUUUUAAACUGAAUGAGCUAGUGGGUGAUAUAUCUCUCGAUUCAAAAAUAUCAUGGAUGGUCUGGAAGAAAGUUGGAGUAAAUAGAAUCGAAAAGGUAAAGGAAAAUGGAAGUUUGGCCAAUCUUAUUGACCAUACAUGUGCUUUGUCAGCAAAAUUUUUAAAGCAUAGUUUUAUUAAACGGGAACAAUCGGAAAUGUUCAAUAUGCACGAUAGGCCAAGAGCAAAAAAUGUCCAAUUUCCUGAUGAGGGCCUCCUUCAAGUCGAUUUCGCUGAAAAUUUCAUUUGCGAGGGGCAAGAUGAGCAGAAAACUUUGAAUCCGACGUCUAUUUCUUCAAGGAAUUAUUUGUUCGCUGCAAUCAAAGGAAUAUCCAACUGCGAGAAUUGGGAUGAUGAAUACCUAAAGAAGGUGGAAGAUGUGAUAUUAUCUUUUGCAAUAAUUUUAAAGAAGAGAUGGGAUCGUUGCCAUCGAACAAUAAGUAUAUUUAUGGAAUCAGAAGAAGAAUGGCUAAUGAACAAAUUUGAGUUCCCUGACAAAAUAAAAAAAAGUCAUAAUAUUGGAAGACCGCAUAAAAGUUUCGGGGAAAGUAGUGAUCGAUCCCAGAGAGAAAAAACCAAAAUCGUUGCGAAUUCUUUAUGUUCACCACAAAUAAGACGUCUAGCCCAAUCCACUCUUCAAUAUAAAGGUAAAAGAAUAGCAGCUAAGAUGGUCGGAGAGAUUUUUGAUACACCAGAACAAGCUCAAACAAUAAAGAAAGCGCUCUUUAAAUUGGAAACCAAAAAGCCUAUUGCGAUGACGUCAGACGAAGCCCUUGCUCAUAUGUUAGAUAAUGACUUAACUAAACAGCAGUAUCUUAACGUACGACUAACAACAAAACAGCGAAACGCUGAUAUUUUCCCACCAUAUGAUCAAGUUCUUGAAGCAAAGAAACGAUGCUACCCUGAGAGUAUAGAAAUAACAGAAACGUCUUGCAGAGUUCCAUUGCAAAGUUUGCUUACUCAUACUAUAAAUAGAAUAUUAGACAUUUAUUCAAUAGGUAAAAUUGUUGGUUCCAAAAAUUAUGAAAUGAUUUAUAAGUGGGGAUGUGACGGAAGCAGUGGGCAUGCAAGGUACAAGCAACGCUAUAUGAGUCCUGAUGCUGAAAGCGAUGCCAAUCUUUUCCUCAUUUCUUUGGUACCACUACAAUUACGACAUAAAAAUGGCGAUGGCUCAACAGUUAUAAUUUGGCAGAAUUCUCGCCCGUCUUCAACCCGUUUCUGUAGGCCUCUGAAAUUUGCGUUUGCAAAAGAAACUAAAGAGUUAACGCGAGAAGAAGUUAACUCAAUCGACGAAGAAAUUGACAAUUUAAAACCUACCAUUGUGAUUCGAAAUAAUUCAACGUUAACAAUAAAUCAUUGUCUCAUUUUUUCUAUGAUUGACGGAAAGGUGUGUAAUUCCGUUACGAAUACAUCUAGUCAAAAAUGUUACAUUUGGGGAUGCUGCCCAAAAGAAAUGAACAUAUUAGAAAAGUGGGACGCAGUUACUGUUGAACCGGAACUAUUAAGAUUUGGAUUAUCAACCCUGCAUGCUUGGAUCCGAUUUUUUGAGUGUUUACUGCACAUAGCCUACAGAUUACAUUUUAAAAAGUGGCAGAUAAAAAUUCAAGAUAAAUUAAGAUCUGAACUAGGAUUGUUAGUCGAUGUAGUUCUUCAAGGUCAUGGCACGACCAAUGAUGGAAAUACUGCGAGGCGUUUCUUUAGCAAUGCAGUUAAAAGUGCAGAAAUCACGGGCAUUGAUGUUAAUUUGAUCAUCAGAUUUGAUAUUAUAUUAAAAACCAUCGCAAGUGGUUAUGACAUCAAUGUAGAUGCUUUUCGAUCCUAUACAAGAGAUACUGCUUCAUUAUAUGUGUCAUUGUAUCCUUGGUACUACAUGCCUGCUAGCGUCCACAAAAUACUUAUGCACGGAGCAGACGUGAUAAAAUUCUCAAUUCUUCCAAUAGGUUUAUUGUCAGAGGAAGCCCAGGAGGCAAGAAAUAAAGAUUACAAGAAAUACAGAGAACACCAUUCCAGAAAAUCAUCGCGCCUGAAUACUAAUACUGACCUGUUCCACAGACUCUUAGAAACUUCUGAUCCUUACUUAUCGAGCAUUCGCAUUGAACCUCGGAAAAAGAAAACACAAAUUUGCGAUACCGUCAAAUCCUUGGUGAUAUUAAAUGAAAACGACAACCGAUCGGUCAAAUCCGAAGACUCUAAUGAAUCUGAUUGA